ACAACAGCAAGGAACGAAGAAGACGAAGUCAAGAGGAAGCUGACGGCAAACCAAACUACUGGAGGGCAGAGAUACGUCAGACUGCUUAGAUAACGGCCGGCUUCCGAUAACUAGUUAGUCAAGCUUGCCCGCGCAUAACCACAAUACGCGUCUACCCGCGUCUUGACUGCCAAGGCACUGGCCUGUCACUAAAUACUUACCAUGGAGGUCCUCAAACGCCUUCAGACAUCUGUUGCUCGAGCUUUUGAUGAAUCCUUCGACGAUGCAUACAGACACUUGAAUGCCGAUCUUGCUCUUCGCGAUGCGAAGGUCAGUGAAGCCGAGCUUGCCCAUGACGAGCGGAUGAAAGCCCUCGCAAAAGUUGAAGAACUUGAGCGUGAUAUUUCUGCCCUUCAAACAGAACUAAGACAGUACACGAACGGCAUGAAUGACGUUGAAGAUUCUGUAACUAUGACCAAAGAUCUAUUGCAUCAGGCAUAUGCCCCAGAGCAUGUUCUGGCCGACACAGUCGACGGCCAAAAUGGCCACUCACCCCUGCCGAAACGAGCAGUUGAAGCUAAAUACAGGGCGCUGUACAGUGAUGCCCAGAAACUUGCGGAAGCCAACAAUCGUCUUAAAACUGAACAUGCGCGGCGAAAAACCAAGUUACUGCGACUGCAACAGUACAUUGGCCGUGAUGAGUUCACAGUUGUGCUUGAUGGAGGAGACACAGUUACAUUCAGACGGGUCCAAAGGAUUUCCAAUGGUGUGGAUUAUAAGAAUAAAAAACCGCGAAUCUCCAAGCCGAAUGCUGGGCAGUUGGGCCCGUCUGAUCAACGAAGUGAAGUCGAAGCAUCUACAAAGAAAUCCAGCCCGUCCACUCGGAUUAUGCGGGAAAGUAACGGCUCGGAGUUGAGGACCAAUGUUGCAAAUGAUACCGACAAUGACCAUUCCAUACGACUCAAUUCUGACCAGUUAGACCUGGCCUCGACGCAGUCUGGCGACUCAUCAGGACCUGAGGGCGCUGUGCUGGGCCAUUCUUCUGGCGCCCCGAUUGCGGAGGUGCUGCAUGUGCGCAAGAGAAAGCGAACACCGUUACCUGAAUCUCGCCAUAUGCAUUCACACCUCUGUGACACUGCCACGAAUGAAAGCUCGGAGAGGCCCGUUUUCAUAAAAAGCGAAAGCGUAUCCCCUGGUCCAUUGCAAAGUCCCCUACGGGAUCGCCCCCUGAUCUCGGCUGGUACCCAGGAUCUUGAUGAUAUUGGUGUUGCUAUUGGAACUCCGGAGAAAAGAGCAAUUUCUACCCACCGGACACCUUUUUCGCCUCGCGAUAUUCCAAUGCCGACAAGCGAUCUCAACGACAGUGAUCAUCAUAGCCGUGGUCAGCAGCAACGGAUCGAUUCAGAACCAUCCAAGCGUCCCACUGUUCUUCAACCCAUUGACAGCAACGCUCAAGCUCUCAAUAGAUUUGAUUGCCAAACUGAUUUCAAGAAGAGGAAAGUUCUAGCCAUACCUUCAAUAACAGAAGAUGGUGAUGAAUCCUAUCUUCACUUUGAAGGAAGGAAAGCAACGAGCAUGCUUACGCAUAAUAGAGAGUUAGAACAGUUAUCCGCUCCUUCCACAAUUCAUCAGCGGUUAGAGAAUCUUCUUAACGGACCGUCACCUUCCAAAUCACCACUUCCUUUUCCAAAGAGUCCUAAAGGACUUAGCCUUCCGCCACACAGCCAUGAUGGUCAAAUAGGACGGGAUCUAUCGAUUCAGCACAAUAUUUCUACAUCGAGCGGCGCUACUACACGGCCAGUGGUGGCGUCAAGCGAGGCUGGCAAUAUAUAUAAUCCCCGGCGAAUCAAUGUUGGCAAUGAGUUACCUGACAUGGUGUCCGAGGACAAAGGUCAUCGAUCAGGGCUAACCCACAGGCUUGAUCUUAGUGAUUUUAGGGUAAACCCAGCGAAAAACCAGGGGCUUGACUUCCCAUACAAGUCGGUGGUCCGGAAGAAAGAUGAGCGCAAGUGCCUUCCCGGUUGCGUUAGUGAGGACUGCUGCGGGCCAAAAUUUCGGCGCAUUGCUCGCAGUCUCCCUUGUACAGAAGAUGAGGCACGGAAAAUCGUGGAGGAUUAUCUCGGAGAUGAGAGACACAUACUUGCAAGGAUUAGUGACGACGAGCGUGAGAGGAUUUUCUUGGACGCGAGAGCAUGGUCCCUUGCAAAUCGAUAUGGUAGACACAGAAAGAAUCACCAACGUGCGCCCUCUCCUCCCGGAUUCUGGCGUACGGAGAUGCCUGAUACCCAAGAAUUAAGACAUGACCGUGAAGAGGCCGAAAAAAUUGAGCAGGAAACAAUAAUGGCGCGCCGUAGAGAGGCAAUGCGACCGGGAGGCCUAUGGGAAUUUGCAGACCAGUAACAGGACACAGCGAAGUUAAUGUCGUUAUAACUAGUAUCGAAUCUAAUAUAGAUAAAUAUCUAGUUACUAGAUCUGACGCUUACAAAGAAUUUCAGCC